UACAUAAGUCUAACCUCGAAAAUUUGACAUUUCCAUUGCAUUUCUUGGCAGUAGCAAACUACGAGAGAACCCCAAAGAAAAAAAAUGGCUGGAGCUAGUGAUGCAGCUGAGGAAGCAAAAUUGACCGGCUUGUCCAAGCAUUUCAAUGGCACAACCAUGCGUGGACGUGCAAAUGUUGCAAAGGCUACCUAUGGUGUAGUGGGCCUUAUUAUUGCCUACAACAUUCUCAAGCCCAAGAAGAAGUAGAUCUAUUUUCUUAAGAUUAGUGCUUGUAAGCUGUGGAGUUUAACAUUUGGGAUGAAAUCAUUAAAAUCUAAUAGUAAAAAUUA